UGCCAAAUCUGGCGAAACAACUGGCCGCUGUGAUACAAUUGUAUAAUAAUAGUAAUAUAAAAAUAAUAAAGGUGGCAGACAAGCAAACUUUUCUACAGUACUAUUAGAUGUUUCCAUGUGGUCCCUACAAAUCAAACCCUUUACAGGAAAUCCUCAUUUAAUGACCACCUUAUUUAAAUACCGUUCAUUGUUAUGAUGGUGAUGAAAAAGUAACUUUGCAACCAGUCCUUACAUUUAUAAUUUUCUGGAGCGAAAUGCAUACAGAAAGUUGAAGUAAAAUCAUAAAAUCAUGUUGUUUCAUUUUGCAGUCACCUCACAAUGAUCAAAUUGCUGGUCCUAUUGAAUUAUCUUUUCUGCAAGAAAAUUGGUUUCACAGCCCUAAGCAAGGAGCUGUAUGAAAAAUAUUAGAUCUCCAACUAUUACACCGACUGAGGUUGGAAAUACUCAUCUCACUCGGGGAGAGAGGAGGACGAUGAAUGAAAGUAAUCACCGCCAGCAAGCAGGUGUAGGUAGGGAUCACUGCGGAGUUGGAGCAAAGCAAGUGAAAGAGAAUAAAGAAACUUGUGAACUAGCCUUACGUUUGGACGAGCCAUGCCAAAUGGAGUCCCAGACGCAAACGCAGCAAGAGUUAUACUAUGGUCUGAGCACCCUAGAAAAUUUUGAUGAUGUGCGGGUGCGAAUGCUGUGGACUCGCCCACUUAGACGUCGAGGUUGCUGCAUGCUUAGCUGCGGCCGUAUCUCCUCUUGUUUUUUCCCCUCCCUCUUACAUGCCCCCUUGGUGCAGCGGGCUAACGCCGGCGAAAGGAGUGGGGUGGACUACAUGGCACAAUUAGAGAGGCCAGCUCCUUCAUUGACUCUGGUGACCAAUAUGAAGACCCAGUUACAUAUGGCAUUGGAAAGGAACUCUUGGCUGCAGAAAAGAAUUGAAGAUCUGGAAGAAGAACGAGAUUUCUUGCGCUGCCAGCUAGACAAAUUCAUCUCUUCAGCCCGCCUGGAUGCUGAUGAUCAUUGCUGCAACAAACAACUGCCCCGAAGAUCCGAAAUAUUGGAGAGCCGAAAUGGGAACAUGACGGAUGAUGACAGCAUGAGCUCCUGGAUGGCCACCAGCCCAGAAGAAGGAGGUUCUGUGGAACACAAGAAACUCAAAGCAGGGUUUAACCACCGACGCUUUGCCAAGCCUAAAAUCCGGGAGAGGCAGAGAGUCAAGGAUGUGGAUGGAGUCCUCUGCCGCUAUAAGAAGAUCCUGUGCACUUUCCAGAAGAUGCAAAGCAUGAGUCGGGCCUUUGAACAUCAUCGGGUGGAUCGUAACACUGUGGCCUUGACCACCCCCAUAGCAGAGCUCCUUAUUGUUGCUCCUGAAAAAUUGGCUGAAGUGGGUGAGUUUGACCCAUCUAAGGAACGUCUGCUUGAAUAUUCCCGACGAUGUUUCAUGGCGCUAGAUGAUGAGACACUCAAAAAAGUCCAGGCCCUCAAGAAAAGCAAGCUUCUACUGCCCAUCACUUACCGCUUCAAGACGAAAAUGGACUCUCCUGGCUUAGUUGCUGGCAACUCUGUCCCUUCUCCUGCUGUGCCACCCAAGCAACUUCUGCCAAUCGCUGAAUGCUACAAGCGAUGAAUCUUCUCCUGGAGCAACAUAAGUACUGCUGGAACCUAUGUUGCCAGUCCUUUGAGCUCUCUUUCUCUGUACAUCCUGCCCCCUCCGACCCCAUCCAUUAUCCCUAUUAAAAUAAAAGUGUGAUGUGUGGUAUCACACCUUUGUGAUUUGGAGGAAAUUGAGCCGGGUAACCCAGGUGAGUGCUCUUGAGUAUCCCAUCUCCCUGGCCAGGUGUGAUUCACUUGGCCUUUCUCUCUUCCAACCUAGAUGAUCAUUGCUGCAACAAACAACUGCCCUGAAGAUGCGAAAUAUUGGAGAGCCAAAUUCUCACCAAACUCUCACAGGGUUUCCUUGAGUUUUCUACCCUGAUGCCCAACAAUCUCCCAACUUUUCCUAGGUUUAAAUACUGAAUGAAUCCACUGUUUCACAGGUAGGGCCAUUGUAUCUUUACAAAAAGGGUCUGGAAGUGGUUUCCUAGGAUUAUUAUUUGACUAUAGAUCUGCCCAUCUAUGCUUCCAUCUUUAAAGGCUUUCCCACAGCUGCGGGAUUGUUUUCAUUCUCCCUCCUGAGAGUUUGGCUAGAGGAAAAACAAUGACAAAGGAGCUAACAACCAUGAUGUGUCCCAUCCCACAAUCAAUAACAUCAUGGAUAGAUUGAUUGGUUGUAAUUGUUGCACAG